AUGAAAAUAAUAACACUAGUGACAUCGGAUGGUGAGGAAAUUGAGGUAUCUUCAACAGUGAAACAGUUAAUAGAUUCAAUAAAUGUAGACAAUAAAAAUAUAGAUAAAUAUAAUCUGGAUUUAGACUCACAAUACAUCGAUUUUUUAUUGGAUUAUUGUGAUUGGGUAGAAGAACACUUAGAGGACUAUGAAAGUUUACAAUAUAAUUUCAAAGAAAAUGUAGAUGAAGAUUAUUUAAAUAGUAUGCUAGAAAUAAUGGAAGAGUUAAGAGUUUUAGGUUUAAAAAAUCAACUCACACAAUAUCUUGGAUUAUUAGCACUUAGAAAAAAUAAAUAUUAUUCACUGGAAGAAGUUUUAAAACAUCAGUCUAGUAAAGAUUUUUGGAUGAUUAUUGACAAUUGUAUAUAUGAUGUAACAAGAUGGAUAGAUAAACAUCCUGGUGGAGACUCCAUAUUAUCAGGUUUGGAUAGAGAUUGUGCAUAUUACUUUGAAAUAUAUCAUAGAUCAGAUUUGUCAUUUAAGAAAUUAAAUAAAUUUUUUAUUGGAUAUUUAAAUAAAGAUGAUUUAGAUAAAGUACAAUUUAGAUUUUAUGAUAAUAAU